AUGGAAUUUUGGAAAUAUUUAAAAUUACUUAUCUCAAUUUUGUUGAUUAAUGGUGUAUCCAUUGGUCAGGGUGCCAAAAUAUUGGCCAUAUUUCCAUUUCCUGGCCCAUCACAAUAUUUGGUGGUACAACCUUAUUUAAAAACCUUAGCUGCAAGGGGCCACGAAGUCACGGUUAUCAGUGCCUUUCCACAGAAAAAGCCAUUGGAGAAUUAUCGGGACAUUGAGGUACCCGAAGUUUUAAAAUAUGUUGGAGAUUUAUUUAGCUAUGCCGAUCUUCGUAUGAAUAAAUUCAAAGAAAUUUUGGGGUUUUCUUGGUAUUACAGUUCAAUCGUUAAAGAUGUAAUGGAAAACGAAAAUGUCCAGAAGCUGCUAAAAUCUCCCGAAGAACAUUUCGAUUUAGUUAUUGUGGAGACAUUGCAAACAGAUGUUUUAUAUGGCUUUGCUGAGCAUUUUAAGGCCUCGCUAAUUGGCUUCUCUUCAUAUGGGACAGACCCCUACAUAGAUGCCUUGGUGGACAAUAUAUCCCCAUUGGCCUAUACACCUUUGUUCAGUGGUAAUUCCAUGGAACGUAUGGACUUUUGGCAACGUUUGGAAAAUAUGUGGCAUAACAUACUCAUGUUAUUGCAUCGAGUUUUAAUACACAACCCUCUACAUGAUAGCUUAUAUCGUCAAUAUUUUCCCAAUGCCACAAAAUCCCUGGAGGAAUUACGGCAAAAUAUCUCCUUGAUAUUAUUAAAUCAACAUUACAGUCUAAGCUUUCCGAGACCCUAUGUGACCAACAUGAUAGAGGUAGGGGGUUUUCAUUUGCAACACAAGCCACAGCCAUUACCCAAAGACAUUUAUGACUUCCUCAGCAAUUCUACACAAGAUGUUAUUUAUUUUUCCAUGGGUUCGAAUAUCAGAAGUGAACAUUUUCCCGAACCCAUUCGAAAAGUGAUAUUGCAAACAUUUUCCCAGCUACCCUAUAAAAUAUUAUGGAAAUUUGAAAACCCCUCUCUGAUGGCGAAUAAACCCCCGAAUGUUUUCAUUAACAAAUGGUUUCCCCAGGGUGAUAUUUUGCAACAUCCCAAAGUGAAAUUGUUUAUAAGUCACGGUGGCCUGUUAAGUCUUACCGAGUCGAUUUAUUGUGGUAAACCCAUUCUGGGUAUGCCCAUAUUUUUCGAUCAGCAUCGUAACAUCCAAAGGGCCAAGCAGUAUGGUUUUGCACUUGCCAUCGAUUAUGCGACACUGAAUACCACUGGGUUUACAACAAGUAUUCGGGAAAUAAUGGAAAAUCCAAAAUAUCUGCAAAGGGCCCAAGAAAUAUCAUUACGUUAUCGAGAUCAGCCUAUGGAUCCAUUGGAAAAAGCCAUCUAUUGGACGGAAUUUGUCAUUAGACAUCGUGGAGCUCCAUUCCUUAGAUCUCCGGCGCAAUAUUUGAACUUUUGGCAAAAACAUAGUUGGGAUUGUGCGGGAUUUUUAUUGAUUUGCGGACUACUGGGGGUGAUUGUUUGUGUCUUUGGUUUUGUUAAAUUUUUAAGCCUAAUAUAUUUUUUGAAAAAUAUCUUGACGAAUAGAAAACAGAAAAGUGAAUAA